AAUGUUAUUCAGGCGGCUGACCCGCCCUCUCUGCGGCUAUUUAAAGAGACGCGGUUUCCCCCUCCUGACUUUCAGCAGAGGCUGGAGGAGUUCAGCUGAACAUUAUUAGUUCGGUCAGUGCUGAAGAGAUCAGAACCGUUCAGUUAAUCUGGAGUAAAAAAAAAAAUUGGCACCGGUAAAACAUGUCUGAAGUUGAAACGACCGUCGCCCGCUGUUUGGCGCUGGUUCUCGUCCUUUCUUGGGCUGCAGUUGGGGCCGAGGAGUGUGUGUUCCCCUGCCGUUGUCCCCCCGGUUCCCCUCGCUGCCCUGCGGGGGUGAGUCUGCUGACUGAUGGCUGCGGCUGCUGCAAGGUCUGUGCCAGGCAACUGGGUGAUGUGUGUAAUUCGAAACAGCCCUGCGACCAGCACAAGGGGUUAUACUGCAACCUGCCCACUCACACCGACAAGCAAACUGGCAUCUGCUUGGCUCGGGAGGGAGCUACCUGUGACCUGGGAGGGAUGAUCUACAGGAGCGGGGAGACAUUCCAGCCCAGCUGCAAAUACCAGUGCACCUGCCUGGACGGUGCAAUUGGCUGUGUCCCUUUCUGUUCAGAUGAUGUGCGUCUGCCAAGCCCAGAUUGUCCCACACCCAGACGAGUUAAGAUCCCUGGAAAAUGCUGUGAGGAGUGGGUUUGUGACCAGCCUCGCGAUCACUCUGUCUUCAAUGCUGCCAUGGCAGUUUACAGACAAGAAGCUAUAUUUGGGCCUGAUUCAAGUCAGGUCCGUGACAACUGUAUUGUCCAAACCACGGACUGGAGUGCCUGCUCAAAGUCAUGUGGAAUGGGACUUUCCACCAGGGUGACUAAUGACAACAGGAAAUGUCGCCUGGAGAAGCAGAGCAGACUCUGCAUGAUCCGGCCCUGUGAGGCCCGUCUCGAGAAAAGUAUCAAGAAAGGCAAGAAGUGUGUCCGCACUCCAAGGCCAUCUAAGUCAAUGAAAUUUGAGUUUUCUGGUUGUACCAGCAUGAGAUCCUAUCGGCCCAAGUUCUGCGGAGUCUGCACUGAUGGGAGGUGCUGCACUCCCCACUCUACCACCACCCUACAUGUGGAGUUCAAAUGUCCAGAGGGAGAUCUUAUCAAGAGGAAGAUGAUGUUUAUCAAGACCUGUUCCUGUCACUACGAUUGCCCCUCUGACAAUGAUAUUUUUCUGUCAACGUAUUACAGGAGAAUGAUUGGCGAUUAUGCUGCAUAAAAGCAGUGGCUCUAAUUAUUGACUAGCUGUAAGAGCCCUGUAUAAGCAUCUUCUAGAUUUCAAAUGAUAUCUGCAGUGAUUAGAAUAUUUUUUCUCAGUUUACAAGGAAGGGAAAAUAUAUACCAGCUCUUAUAUCCGUAAUACCUUGUUAUGAUCUUUAUCCUUGUGUGACUAUCAAGUCUUGCUAAAAGCAAAUUUGGGCUUUCAAGUUUCACCCAAAUUGUGAAAAAUCUUCCCAAUCUUGAGUUUUUUUCGAAUUCCUCCAUUCUGUAGUCAUGCAUUUUGCAGUGUUGCAUUUUUUGGAAUAUAGGAAUAUAAAUUGCAGUUUAAUGUUGAAGCAGUACUUGAAAAAUUAUCCGACAGAAUUUGAAUUCUAAGACUAAAGGGAAGGGAUACAUUUUGUCAUGUCAAUUGCCUGACCUAAAUUACUAUAGGGCUUUUGGACAAAAGAACUUUAUACCAAUCUGAGUAUGUGUCUGCUAAUGCCAUAGUGUCUAGGUUCAUGUGACGCAAGUCCUAGUAAUGCAUGAACAGUUCGUUGUGAAACCGGUGGACCAGGUUUACAAAGCUGUGGGUAAGCUUCUGCAUCACAUGAUGGAAAAUCAUGGAAGUCUGCCCCAUGAUUGCUUUGUAUGUGCAGCCAACAAAUGAUGCUUACCUCUUAUUUCUGCGCACCCCCCCCCCACCCCCUGCCUUGGUAGCACACAUUCAUAAAAUCGAAGACCACUGAUAAUAGUUUGUGAAGUGAUCAUCUUAGAUGGGUUUUACCGUGUACAGUGGUGCAUUAGUGAACCAGUUGGAGUUAUUGCUAAGAACUUUUAAGUGAAUCUGUUUCAGUUUUAAUCCUUUUUGAAUUAAAACCCAGCAAUACUGUCUCACGUGAAUUCCAAAAUGUCAGUGUGCAAAAAAAGCAAUAAGAUUGCCAUGCCAUGUCAUAAUCAUGUGAUUAGUGUAAAUACUGUAAAUAUAAAUGUACAGUUUUAUACUAUUUAUAUUAUCACAUUGUUCUUGAUUGUAGUCCUCUUUUUAUAGAAGCUGUUUCUGUAAGGUUGGGAAAGAAGUAAAUAUUUGUUGCACUUUAGAAUAAUAAAAUUCUAUUUUUUAUA